GAAUUCAAAUGAUAAAGAAUGAUGGAGACAAUGAUGCGAUUGCUAUUCAUUGAAAAAUACACUUUGUAUAUGUUUAUCAUCUUAAGAAAAGUAUUGUGCCCAAAAGAAGUUAACAAUGACAAGAUUCUGGUCAGUCUGCGAGUAUAAAUACAGGAACAUUUCGAGAGAUUUUCAUUCGAUUCCUGAGAUCCACAAAGACAAGAUUUGUGUUUUUCUUAAGAACUUCAUCAACGAAAAAUCUUCAACAAGAUGGCCAUUAUGACUCAUCUCACGCUUUUCAUCACCCUAUCUGUAAUGGCAAUUACCGGCGUGCACUCACAGAUGAUGGGUGCCAAGUCCGAAAUCUUCGAGGUUAUGAAGCAAUCGUGCGGACUCUACCAGAAGGAACUCAGGGAGGAAGGGCCGACAUGCAACGUCGAAUUCAUGAACGAAUUCGUGGACGAGCUGGACAACAUCGAGUACGUACCGGUCAACCGUCUCGAUGCCGACCAGGUCGAGGACCUCGCCGAGGCUUACGUCAACCAGGCAGAAGGACGGGCGAAGGGCCGUCAUCUUUGUUUUGAGAUGACCGGAGAGAAAAUCACCAGCGGAUGUCAGCUAAUGGAGGGCGUCUGCACCUAUUAUAGGAACGUCAUCCACUGCCUACAAAAUGGAGGUCAACCCGCUGUCCCCACGGCCGCCCCCACCAAUCCACCUGUCUUUACCACGACACCCCCUCCCUUCACUGCAUAGUCAUAUGUCCAGUGACCUGGUGCUACGCUAGGAAAACCCAAAUCUUCUAAGUUCAGUCUAUCAUCCUCGCCCUAAUUAUCUCAGUCUUUAGUAACAUUAUUUUGGUAUGCAACGUCAUUAUCAUCGGCGCCUUCGUCAUCAUCAUCGACAUCCAUGUCAUGGACAUCAUGUCGUGGUUAUGUAAUUCAUCGUUAUCAUUUACAAUCACUGGCAUCGUCAAAAUCGUCAUCGUUGCUGACAGAGGUAUAGCGCCAUCAUCAUCAGCAGCAUCAUCAUCGACAUCCUCCUCAUACAUGGACAGCAAUAUCGUUGUCGUCAUGGCCGUCAUUCACCGCUAUCACUUACAAUCAUUGACACAUAUAAAAAAUCGUCUUCAUCGUCGACAGUGGUAAUGGAAAUCAUUGGCGUUAUCAUCACCAUCGUCGGUGUCGUCAUCAUCAUCAUCAUCGAAAUCAGUGUCAUGGGCAGUAUCAUCAUCGUCGUCGUCAUGAAAUUCACCGUUAUUGCUUACAAUCAUUUGCAUCUUCAAAAUCGUCCUCAUCGUCGACAGUGGUGUGGACAUCGUCAUUGUAGUUAUAAUCAUCAUCGUUGUCAUCAUUGUUUAUCACGUAAAGCAUCAUCGCCAUCAUCAUGUGGAGCAUUAUUAUCACUCAAAAUCGUCGACAUCAUCAUCAUCUCAACCGUCGUGAAUUGUGAGGGCAUUAUCAUCAAUAUCAUUGGUGUCACUAUCAGCAAAGUUAUCGUCUUGAAACCCAUCAUCAUCAUUUUCUUUAUCAACAUCGCUGUUAUCAGCGAAAUCGUCACAUAUCUUCGUCUAGAGAUAAAUGAUUAUCUUAAUCAACCAGCACCAUCGUCAUUGUUACUCGUUAUAUUUCCGAACAUGGUUUUGGGGUAGGUAUAUUGAAUGUAAUUUAAGUUCAGUUUAAUGCUUUCUUUCUUAUUUUAAAAACAUUUGUACGACUAUUUAAGAAAUUUACAAUAAUGCAUUCCAUUUUUGUUUGAAUACAUUCUAGUGAUUUUGUGUGAAAAUCAUCGGUGUCAAAUUGCGUAAGUAAGUUAAUACUUUAAACGUAUCGUUAGAAUCCGGCAGAAUUAUAUGCGAUAUUACUAUGGUCUUCGUACUUAACUAUAGUGAGUUUACAUUUGGUGAUACGAAUUUGUUUACAGACGGAACAAAAAAGUCCUUCAAUAAAUUUAUUUCUUGGAACUUUCUUCCAAUGAAGUAGGGACAAUUUUUUUUUCGAAGUUUAACCUCCAAAACAUGUUAAUCAACAAAUUAAAGAAAAUGAAAAUCAUUAUGCCAAAUUCGUCACACACCAGUAGCUACCUACCUUUGGGUGGCCAUGCCGCUUCAAAAAAAUAUAUGUAAAAUGGAAAUAAAAGAGUAGCAGAAAUAUAGAUUCUUCUGAAUAUGACAUAUGAUUACAGUUUAUGAGGUAAGAACAUAUUUGGUUUCACACCCUUUAGUCUUUUGGUUCCAGCUCCUUAUUGCUAUUUUUACCAGUGAAUGACUGAUAAAAUGAAAAACAGCUGUAUUUUACAAGGUAACGUUUAUUAUACAAUAAUUACAGUUUAUUUCUUACGUUGUUUAUUCUGUUCGAAAUCCUAUUUUGCUAACCAUACCUGUUUCUUUGCGCUUGGGUAUACGAAUCAUAGAUUACGUUUUGAAGUUUUAAAUGAAUACUUAUGUAUGUGUCAUACUUCCACGCAGAUACUAUCAUAGACCAGUCGCCUAUUUUAAGAUGAAAUAGCAUUUGAAUAUUUUCCAUUUUUUGCCUUGAUUAUUAAUGAUGGAAAAUGAUAAGGUUUGCUGUUAUAUAUUACUUAUUUUCAAUAAAUGCUAAGAU